GUUGUCUUUAGAGAACAACAGUUUAUCAAAUUCUACACUCAAACCGUCACAAAAAGCUCGUAAUCAUGGCUGACCCCUCUCUCUACACCUAUCCUUCACCUCUUCAAGGCUACGAGAACUUAGCUCCUCUUGGAACUGAGGUAUCACCUGAUGGAAAAAGCCUUCUAAAUCCGGAGACUGGAAUCAAGAGCAAGAGCUAUGAGAAGUUCACAGAGCCUUUGGAUAGUGGAAUACGGGGUGCGUUUGAUGUACAUAUCUAUCAUUUCCAGAAGAAUAAAGAGCAAGCCAAGUUUGCUAGAGAAUUAUGGGAGAGGAUUAGAAGAGAAUUUCCGGAGCUUCGCAUCUACAGAUUCUGGGAAGAACCAAUUGGACCUCAUCCUGUUGCCAUGUUCGAAGUGAACCUCUUCACCCCGGAACAAUUUGGCGCUUUCAUACCUUGGCUAGUGAUUAACAGAGGUCCGUUGAGCGCAUUAGUCCAUCCCAACACAGUUGAUGAGAAAGGAGAGUUAUUGGAUGAAGAGAGAGACCAUACGCAGAGAGCGAUUUGGAUGGGAGAACAACUUCCACUAGAUUUGAGUUUGUUUAAGAGGUUGAAGCAGCAGAAAGCUGCACAAUAGAAAAAUGUUGUUGAUCAGAGGUAAUGGAUAACGGGGAAACCCUGUGCAAAUGAAGGUUAAUGUGCAAAAGGGAAAUGCAAAAAGCAUUAGUGACA